AUGGACUUCGCUGGUUGCGCCGACGAUAGUUCCUUUGGCCCCAGCGUGCAUGGAUGCCGCGGUGGGUUCGACUUUACGCUCAGAUUCGAGCAAAUAUUUUUCUCCAUUCUUCCUUCUUCGCUUUUUAUCGUUCUGGGCUUGUUGAGAGUUUGGUCUCUGCUUAGACGGUCGUGCGUCGUUAACGGAGUCUGGUUCCAGCUGACAAAGGCUGGAUGCUUCUUUGCCAUAUGCGCCCUGAGGCUUGCACUUCUAGCUCUCGCAGCACAUGCCGGCAGCCUUUCCCGAACAUUCGUUGCCGCCGCCGCCCUCGAUGCCAUUGCAGCACUCUGCAUGGUAGCCUUGAGCUUCUUCGAGCAUUCUCGUUGUCCUCGACCGUCAAUUCUUCUCAAUCUGUACCUUGUCGUCAAAACUUUGCUCGACAUUGCGCAAACUCGCACGCUGUGGGUUGCAUCGCGCUCAAGCCAUGACUUUGUCUUUGCACGAUUAUUUGCUGCUGCUACAGCGCUAUGGGCUAUCGCCAUCAUACUGGAAGCAACGCGAAAGCGACGCUGGGCCCAAUGGAACGCGGCGGAGCAUAGUCCUGAAGAGACUAUCGGAAUUUACGAGAUAGCGACGAAUACCUGGGUAUUUCGACUGAUCCGAACCGGGCGCAGAAAAGUCUUGUCCGCACCAGACCUGUACACACUUGACUACGGAAUGUCAGCAGAGGCUCUGCACUCACACGUCAAGAACCUCAACAUCUCGCAGCUCCAUGGCAAGAAGAAUGCCCUUGCCAAAGCUCUAUUCAAGACACUGUUGAUUCCAGUAUUAUUGGCUGUUGUGCCCAUCCUCUGCCAGGUUGGACUCGCUUUGUGCCAGCCCCUUCUGGUCCAGCGUCUACUCAUCUAUCUAGACAACAAAGGUUCGCGAUCCGAUUAUACAGGAUAUGGACUCAUUGGUGCGACUGUUAUUGUCUAUUUUGGCGCCCCCUUGGCCUAUUCUGUGGCUCUGAGCUAUCAAACACGUUACCUUUUCAUGAUGCGAUCCAUUCUUAUCGAUGCCGUCUAUCGCAAGACUACUUCGUCCCAAUGCUCCAUCUCCAAUGAUUCCAAAGCAUUGACACUGAUGGGAACAGACGUGGAGAAUAUCCGACAUGGCCUUCUUAGUUUGCACCAGCUCUGGUAUGUCCCGCUGCAGGUUGCAGUGUCAUGUUGGCUUCUCUACGGACAGCUGGGUGCUGCGUUCGCGGCGCCCAUCGUGCUGAUUACUUGCCUCACGAUUGCAAAUUUCGUCGUGAUGCACUGGGUCCAGCCAUUUGAAAAUAGGUGGAUGGAGAGGCUCGAACUGCGCGUCGGCAAAACUAGCAAUGUCAUUGCUAAUAUGAAGAACCUCAAAAUCUCCGGCCUGGCGCAAUCUGUGGAGCGCUCCAUUCAAGGCAUGCGCGUUGAUGAAAUGAAAGCAGUGCAAAAAUUCCGAAUCUUGGAACUCCUGGUCAUGGCGACUGGGUUCGCGCCUGGUGCGCUAAGCGCCAUGUUUACCUUUGCGGUCACCUCCAAAAACCUCGACGUUACUACUAUCUUCACAUCAAUCGCGCUCUUGGAGCUACUGGCUAGCCCCUUGAACAAUUUUUUUCAAGGAAUACCGGGUAUUAUAGCGGCGUUUGUUUGUAUUCAGCGAGUCCAAAACUUCCUUGAAACCGAAGAUAGGAGGGACUUUCGGCAGAUACGUUCUGCGGUAGACGCUGAUGCUCCAAACCCAUCCCAACCUGCAAGCACUGGCCCGACCAUUCGCAUCUCUGACGGGAACUUUGGAUGGGAGCCUGAAAAGAUGAUAUUGAAAGGCAUAGACGCAUCCUUUUUCUGUGGCCUAAAUAUCGUGGUGGGACCCGUGGCCUCCGGCAAAAGCACUCUAUGCAAUGUCCUUUUGGGCGAGACGCCGUUCGUGAAGGGCACAAUCGAAUUCCUCAUCGACCCAGGUAAAACCGCUUUCUGUGACCAGGUACCUGCCCUUUUCAACGCCACUGUGAAGGAGAAUGUUGCGGGCUUUGGCGAUGUCGACGCACAAAGGUACGUCAAAGCUAUACAAGCCACGAUGCUCGGCCCAGACCUCGAGACCCUUCCCGAUGGCGAUGAGACAAAAAUCGGCAGCAACGGCAUCACAUUGAGCGGCGGACAGAAGCAGCGUGUAUCGAUUGCCAGGGCUAUCUAUGAAGAAUGUGACUUUUACAUCUUCGACGACGUACUGAGCGGUCUGGACAACGACACAGCGCGUCACGUUUUUUCCCAUGUUUUCGGCUCCUCUGGGGUCCUUCGAGAAAGAAACGCGACUGUUAUCCUCUGCACUCACGCUGUGCACUACUUGUCAGAGGCGACGCAUAUUAUUGCUUUAGGCUUAGAUGGCACACUCGUGGAGGAGGGCUCGUUUGAGCAUCUCAAUCAGAACGAGAGGUACAUUCAGAGUCUCGAAAUCGACAAAAGCAGGGAUGAAACCACAGACAGCGAGAAACUAACCACUGCAACUGGUGAUGCUGAGCCGGAAUCUGACUUUCAAGCAGUUGUCAAGCCUGUCAAAGACAAACCUGCCGAGGCUUCAGUAAAAAAGAAUUUGCGUGCAUCUGGUGAUUGGCAAGUCUUUUUGCACUACUUCAGGAGUAUCGGCAAGGUUUGGGUCACGCUUUUUAUGCUCACGGGUGUCGCUUGCGGAUUUGGCUGGAGCUUUCCGAACGCAUGGCUGGCGUUGUGGUCGAACGAUGCGUCGACGCCGCCCCAGCGUCAUUCAAAUUCAUUCUACAUUGGCAUAUAUUCCCUUCUAUCGUGCCUUAGACUCGGCUUUACCAUGUCUCAGCUGGGUCUUGGUAUGAUGAUAUUGGCUAAAAUCUCCGGCCUGAAUCUGCACAAGGAUGCGCUGCGCACCGUCAUUGCAGCACCGCUACGCUUCUUUGUCAAGACAGACGUCGGAGUGGUGACGAAUCUAUUCUCUCAAGACAUGAGCUUGAUUGAUAACGAGCUACCGGGUGCAUUGAUUGACACGUUCGCUAUGCUUUGGAUGGUCAUUGGCUCAGCUGCCGUUGCCGCCACUUCGAGUGCCUACGUUCUCAUUUCCUAUCCAUUCCUCAUUAUGGCGGCUUACUUUAUUCAGCGAUUCUAUCUCAUGACAUCCAGACAGCUUCGUCUGUUGGACUUGGAGGCAAAGAGCCCUCUCUAUACACACUUUAUUGACACAAUGAAUAGCCUCGCGACAUUUCGAGCGUUUCGUUGGACAGAUGCAUCCAUUAUCAAGAACAAUGCGCUACUCAACACAUCAACUAAUCCGGGAUAUCAGCUCGCCAUCAUUCAGCGUUGGCUCGUCAUAAGCCUUAGGCUCCUGGUGGCUGUAAUAGCUAUAAUUGUCGUCACUCUCGCUACUCAGCUCAAAGCUAGCACAGGAUUCGCGGGAGCGAGUAUGGUGUCUCUUGUCACUUUUUCUGGUUAUUUGUCGUCCCUGCUCAACGCUUACACGAAUCUCGAAACCUCUCUCGGGGCGGUCAACCGGUUGAGAUCAUUUGGCACAAGCACGGAGAAAGAGGAUUUACCUGGCGAAGAUACCGUCCCGCCAGUUUCUUGGCCACAGAGGGGCCGUAUUGAGAUUGGCGGUGCUUCUGCGUCAUACGACUACUCGCCCCUCUCGCCUACGAAUGUGUCGGAGAAAGAGGACUCUGGAAUUAUCUGCGCCCUGCGAGAUAUUGAUCUCACCAUCGAAAGUGGCCAGAAAGUAGCCAUAUGCGGUCGAACGGGCAGUGGAAAAUCGUCCUUUAUACUGAUGCUGCUCCGGCUUUUGGAUCCAUUGCCUCGUUCGAACCUCAAGUUAGCAAUUGAUGGCCUUUCCCUCACGGAAAUUGACCGUGGAACACUUCGCCAGCGGAUAAUCGCCGUCCCACAAGAGCCGGUGUUUCUUCCCAACGGAACGUCAUUUAUGCUCAAUCUUGAUCCUGGCCAAGUAGCAACUGAGGAAGAGUGCAAGGCCGCGCUGGAAGCUGUUGAGCUAUGGAACGUUGUCUGCGACCGCGGAGGGUUGGAAGCAGGUCUUUCCGCCGACUUUUUCAGCCUCGGACAAAAACAACUUUUCAGUCUUGCGAGAGCAAUCCUUCGACGACGUGUCAGACUCCGUCAGCACGAGACCGACUCGGAGAAACUAACUCUGCAAACUGAGACGACCAGCGCAGCGCUCAAGCCAACCUCGGCAGCGCACACCAGCACGGUGCAGGUCGAGAAGGACGGCGGUGUGCUGGUCCUUGACGAGUACGGCAGCAGUUUGGACAUUGCGACCGACAGGCUCAUGCAGCAGAUUAUUCUCAGAGAAUUCAGCGGGUACACGAUUGUCAUGGUCAGCCAUCGCCUUGAGAUGGUCAUGGAAUUUGACAAGGUCGUUGUGCUGGACACUGGUCGCAUCGUGGAAGACGGAGCGCCCGACGAGCUGGUGGAGAAGAACGGGAGCCGAUUCAGAGAUCUAUGGAUGGCGCGAAACGCCAGAUAA